CGGACAGUUUGAAAUGAGAAUUCCACCGCAACGGUAAUUCGGUAAAAAUACGCGCCACCAGCAGUGAACAGCGUAUAAUAUUCAUUUGUAUAUUGUUCGAGUACCUCGCCUGCGGUAUUUAGUUAAAAAUAGAAAAUCAACGAAUUUUUACCUAACGAAAAAAUGUAAAAAAUUCUCAAAUUGGUCUAAUAAAAUUGUAAAAUUUCGCACGAAUAAUAAUAACAUAAAACUUUGGUGCUAAAGUUGUGCAAAAAUUGUGUGAAAAAUAUAUAUAAUACACUAUUUAGAAAUAUGUUGUGGCGAGUAUUUAUAAUUUUUACAUAAGUGGCUCCCAGUGCGAAGCAAAAAUAAUAAGAACAAAAUAGGCAAAAUAGCUGAAUGUGAGUGAAAAACGAAGGUGUUCAAGUUGUUUGAUUGCAAAUAUAAUGCAAGCAGACGUUGUGCUACAACAACACGGGAACGCGGCGGACAACAACAAUUACAGAAAUUAAAGUGAAUUAGAAAACAAAAAAAAACAAAGCGUAAACAUUUGGCGCGUGUUUUAUAUCAAAACAAAAUAACACGAGUUGGUGAAAAACGAAUUUAUAAACAUAAAUACAUACCUGCAUAAAUAGUUCUCGUAUAUGCAGUACAAAUCUUAUACGAGUACACUAACGGUAUGUACAUUAGUUAGCGCGUGCAAAAUUUAGUGCAAGUUAAUCGAUUAUCGUGAGAUAUUCCAAAUGUGACUGAGAAGCGCAAAAUUCUGUUAACUAGUGUAGAAUUCGAAAUACUUAAAAAAAUAACGGUUCUUCAAUGGCCUUUGUAAGAGAGUAAGCAAAUUAAUAAGUCAACGCUCAUGAUACACACCGUUUGGAACAGUUAUCUGCAUACAUUCGUUAGUAAAUACCGUAAUAAUGUCGAAGAGACCACGAGGGAAUAUACACAAGGUUCGAGAAUUCGAAUUGGAAAAGAUCCACUUAGUCGAUGAAUUUGAUAUUUUACAAAUUGUUGGUGAAGGAUGGUUUGGAAAGAUAUUGCUGGUCGAACAUCGUGGCUCCCAAACCGAAAUGGUGUUGAAAGCCGUACCAAAACCCUAUGUCUCGAUACGUGACUUCUUUCGAGAAUUCCAUUAUGGUCUACAUCUGGGUAUACAUAGAAAUAUAGUGACCACAUAUGAUGUAGCCUUCGAGACGGCCGGUUUCUAUAUAUUCACACAAGAGUAUGCGCCACUAGGUGAUCUCACAUCAAAUAUGACCGACACAGGUGUUGGUGAGGAAUACACAAAGCGUGUGGCUAAACAAAUUGGUGCGGCGUUGGAUUAUAUGCAUUCAAAAGACAUUGUACAUCGGGAUGUGAAGCUGGAUAAUGUGCUCAUAUAUCGUUCGGAUUUCACGCGCGUCAAAAUUUGCGAUUUCGGCGAAUCAUAUCAGGCGGGCACGAUUGUGGAGCGACGAAACGAAUGGUUACCCUACAGUCCACCAGAAGUAUUAGAAAUUAAGCCGGAAGGCACAUAUACCGCCGAACCCAGUCACGAUGUUUGGCAAUUCGGUAUUGUCAUCUUCGUCUGUCUAACCGGUUGCUUACCUUGGCAGAAGGCCGCCUCAGAUGAUCCGCGUUAUGUACGUUAUUUGGCGUGGUUUGGCGCCAAUAUUUUGCCCAUGCGUCGCACCCCCAAACUCUUUAAGUUGAUCACUUCACGUGCACAACGCAUGUUCAAGCGAUUCUUAGAUCCACGCGCCGAACGACGACCGAAGAAUUUAACAGAUUUAACAAAGUUCCUUGAUGAUCGUUGGUUGACUAAAACAGCCGAGAAAGAAAUGGCCGAAUAUGAAACCGAUGAAUUAUGUCCAUCCAUGUAUUCCUUCCACAGCAGCCCGGAUGAAAAACAUCGGCUGUUGCACACGCUCGCGAAUUGUGGCUUGGAGACGAAUGUCGAUCGGCAAUCGAAGAAAAAUCGUAUCAAAGAUUGGAUUGAAGCGUCGGUCAUAACGGAAGAGGAUGAAGAGGAACUGGAAGACGCCUCACCCUCUUCAUCGGUGUCUCGCGAACCGGUCGCCGGGCACAUCUCUUCUAUACGCACUACUUUGGAACAGACGAAAGCCAUCAACACUACGCUUAAAGAUGCGGCACAAAAACAUUUCGAUCCACGUACAGGUGCCCUACAAGAAGGUCCCAGCGAAAUGGGCGGUAUAACGCAGACCCAGCAAAAAUUAUAUAGUCCUUCAAUCGGCAACAUAUCCACCAUGAAUAAUGGUGAUAGUCUUUGCGGAAGUCUCUUGACAUUGAGCUCACGUCCCGAUCUACUAGAAAGUCAUUUAGAAAUAUAUAAUUCUGAGUUAAAUUUAAAUCGUUUAGGUGAGCAUAAUAACUCGGUACAAUUCUACGGGCAUAAUCAGUCGCUUAGCAGCAGCAAUUUACUAAUGGGGAGCGCCAACGGCAAUGUGGCUAAGAAGUCGAUAGGCUUAGAUACCUAUGGUCUACCAAAUGAGUAUAGAAAGAGUGCAUUGAAGCGAACCAAAUCCGAUUCCGUAAAAACUGUUAUGUUCGCUAGUAUGCCUGCUAUAAAUGAUAGCGAUGCUUAUGCUACCGGACCGAAAUUACCGCCCAAACAAACACAAAAUAAUGCUACUACAACUACUAAUCAAAAGCUAACCAGUGCUAAUGCGCCCACUGACAACUAUUUCACUAAAAAUACCAAUAAUACUAAUGAUAGCCAUGUGAUCGCAGGAAACGGCGACGCCACUAAGGCAAAUUCAUCUGUGACCUUAACGGGACUUGCUAAUGCCUUUCAUUCACUCGCCUCCAUUACAUUAUCGAAGUCAGGCACACCAGAGCGACAACAACAACAACAGCAGCAGCAACAACAGCAGCAACAACAACUGCGUCAACAACAACAACAGCAACAACUAAGACAACAACAAUUCGCCACAUAUUAUCUAAAACAACAAGAAAAUGGUUCCUCCGUCAGAGAUAGCGCUUACGGUUCGGCCGAGGUCAGUGAGGCACCAUCAAGAACCGUUAGCAAUGCUUCAAUAAAACCACAAUUCAAUGGAAAUUCCGCUCAAUACAAUGGACAACAAGCACAAUUUUCCAAUCAUAGCCGUGCUUUAAGUCCCGACGGGCGUCAACGAACGCAAGAUGGUCAGCAGAUAUAUAGAGGUGCACGCACAGGCAGCUUGAAGGAUUCUGCGUACGAUAGAAUUACUGUUACAAAUAAUAGCAGGAAUCGUAGAUAAAGUUGUAUAUUGCUAAUAGAGAUAUCCAUUCAAAAGCAAGUGAUACCAUUGAUAAAUAAAUAAAUAUGUCUAGUUUUAUAGUCCGCUCUUCGUCUUUACAAUUGUUAAAUUUCCCAUUUUUUAAACCUAAUUAUAAAACUAUAAUAAAUACGUAUAUAAACACAAAACUAA